AUGCAGGCACUGUGCCUGCUUUGCUGGGCUGUCCUCCUGAACCUGGUGCAAGCUUGUCCGGAGUCCUGUGGCUGUGGCGAGAAGUAUGGCUUCCAGAGUGUAGACUGUGCCUAUCGUGACCUGGAGGCUGUGCCACCAGGCUUCCCAGCCAAUGUGACCUUACUGAGUCUGUCAGCCAACAGGCUGCCAGGUCUGCCGGAGGGAGCUUUUAAGGAGGUGCCCCUGCUGCAGUCACUGUGGCUGGCACACAAUGAGAUCCGCUCGGUGGCUGCUGGUGCCCUGGUCUCUCUGGGUCAUCUCAAGAGUCUAGACCUCAGCCACAAUCUCAUCUCCGAGUUUGCCUGGAGUGACUUGCAUAACCUCAGCGCUCUGCAGUUGCUCAAGAUGGACAGCAAUGAGCUGGCCUUUAUCCCUCGGGAUGCCUUCCGCAGCCUCCGUGCCCUGCGCUCUCUGCAGCUCAAUCAUAACCGCCUGCACUCUUUGGCUGAGGGCACCUUUGAGCCCCUCACCGCGCUGUCUCACUUGCAGAUCAAUGACAACCCUUUUGACUGCACCUGCGGCAUCGUGUGGUUCAAGACAUGGGCCCUGGCUGCUACAGCAGUGUCUAUUCCGGAACGGGACAACAUUGCCUGUACCUCACCACAUGUGCUGAAGGGCACCCCACUGAGCCGUCUUCCACCCCUGCCCUGCUCAGCACCCUCCGUGCAACUAAGCUACCAGCCCAGCCAGGAUGGAGCAGAGCUGCGGCCUGGCUUUGUGCUGGCACUCCACUGUGACGUGGAUGGACAGCCAGUCCCCCAGCUUCACUGGCAUAUCCACACUCCUGGUGGCACAGUGGAGAUCGCCAGUCCUAACGUAGGCACCGACGGACGUACCCUACCUGGUGCCCUUGCAGCCAGCGGGCGGCCACGCUUCCAGGCCUUUGCCAACGGUAGUCUACUUAUCCCUGACUUUGGCAAGCUGGAGGAGGGCACCUAUAGCUGUCUGGCCACCAAUGAGCUAGGCAGUGCUGAGAGCUCUGUGAAUGUGGCACUGGCCACUCCCGGCGAGGGGAGCGAGGAUACCCUGGGGCGCAGGUUCCAUGGCAAAGCAGUGGAGGGCAAGGGCUGCUACACGGUUGACAAUGAGGUACAGCCAUCUGGACCCGAGGACAAUGUGUUUAUCAUUUACCUCAGCCGUGCCGGGGUGCCGGAGGCUGCAAUAGCAGCAGAAGGGAAGCCUGCGCAGCAGCUCUCGGGCCUGCUUCUCCUGGGCCAAAGCUUGCUUGUUCUCUCCCUUGCCUGCUUCUAACCACACCCUGUCCCAGCUGGCUGGAGCAGCCCCAGGGCCUUUCCAGCUCCUCCUGACCCUGCCAGUGUUCCUUCUAAGUACUGAGGUUGGUGAGGCCUGAGGUUGGCCUGGGGACUUCAUAUUUUCCUACCUCCCUUUCUAAGCUCUUCCAGGCCACUCGUUGCUCCAACUUGUAGAUCUGCUCAGAGCUAACAGCUAGGGUAGAACUGUAUCCCAGAAUCCAUCGUCUCUGGUGCUAAUUGCUGCUAACAGCAUUGCCUAUGCUCCUAUCAGGGGCUGCAUGCUAACAGGGCAACAACAAUGUCCUAACCCUGGCCCACUUUAUGCACUGAGGUAAGGAGCUUGGGGAGGCCACCCAAGUGGGUACUGGGGCCGGGGUGGAGGGGAACCUGGAGUGGCCAGUACAGGAUCUGGGAAGGGAGUACUACAGGAAGGGCUGGGGAGCCUAAAAGCUCUCCCUGUCUUCUUAAUGUCUUCUGGUGAAAUGUGGAAACUGUCCCUGGCUGGGCCUCUCUCUCCUCUCACACCGAAUCCUCAUAGCCUGUGCCUGCUCCUCGAGACUCUUGCCUCUCCUUUAUUUCCAAGUGUGCACCAGUAACCUGCCUCCCCAAAGAAGCUAGCCAGUCUGGGGUAGCCAGGAAAAAAAAAUAAACAGCAUUUCUGAUGCC